AUGAGUGCACGGUACACCACAAUUAGCGGGCUGCUAGGAUUCGGCGAACACAGUGGCAGCAGCGCAGCAUCCCAGUUGGAAAUCGAAGUACUGCCGGACCCGGACGACAAUCCGACAGCACCUGCAAGAAGAACGCGUAAAAGAGAUAGCCUUCGAAAGAUCAGUGUACGCCAUCUGGUGAGCAAAAUAGAAACCCGUGCCGUCGAAUCGUUGGAGCGCAAUUUCGGUGGACGGUUUUCAGGCCGACUUCGGAAAGAGAAGCGACUGGAUGAAUCUGCUCUUACCGCGUCCACGUCGGGCACCGGCGUGCAAUCGGAGGCAGAAAAGCCCACCAGUUCAUCGCCACGGUCCUGGUAUAUGGUGCACCUGACGCCGGAAAAACGAUCCAACCUUUCGGACGGUACGGGCGCUGCUCUCUCGCUCAGCUCCAGUGUGGCUACAGACGGGGACAACGACAACAACGACGACGUCCAGCAGGGCGUUAUCGGGUGCGAUAAGAUAACCGCAGAUAGCGCUGAAUUUAGCCAACGAUUGCCGAAUGACGAGAUGGCAGACAAGAAGCGCGUCAUCAAAACCGUGCCCGGCACACCCAGCAUUGAUCGGGAAGAUUCCGGUCGGUGGAGCAUUUGUUCUGACUUUGAAAAAGAUUCUCUGCCGGACGUGGCGGACGUGUGUGACACCUGGAAUGAGUUCAUCUAUCUGCGACUGUCCGAAGACAACGUCAAGCAUUUAAACUCCUACAGCCCUGACUUUGAAACAACACCAUUCGAUGAGUUCUACCAACCAGCAGAAGCGUCCAACACGAUCAUCGCUUUACAGUUCACACCGGACGAGCUACAUCGCAUACUCUACGGAGGAGAUCGACCAGACGACAGCGACGAUGAGGACGACAUCCAGUCCCAUUCCUCGCACGCCUCGUCCAGUUCCGACUUUGUGUUUGUGGAUGCACGGCUGCAGGAGUACGCCGAAACGCGCGCUACCCCAUCGGUGGAUUCCCUCGACGAAGGGGUCGCUUUCCGAGACAGUCCGGUGGAAUCGCCGGAACCGCAUCUGCACCCAAGUGAUAUUGACAUUAAAAUCUCGUUCCUCAUCGAGGAACUGCUCGACACGGAGCGAAACUACAUCAACACGCUCGAGAAAGGUAUCGCCACCUACAUUGACGGCGUGUUCAGCGAUCGCACGCCACCCGAGCUGAGCGGCAAGAAGUAUCACCUGUUCGGGAACCUGCAGUACAUCUACCGGUUUCAUCGGAACGUUUUCCUACCGAAGCUACUGACCGCGGGCAACGAUGUGGAGCACAUCGCCGACACGUUCGUGCACUUUCUCGACAAUGAAAGCUUCUACGGCUACGUACUGUACUCGAUGUAUCAUCCCAAGUCGCAGCGGCUGUGCGAACAGCACAUCGAGUUUUUCCGCGACCAUCAGCAGCUGCACGGCGAUAAGCUGGGCGUGAAGAGUUUGAUACUGCAGCCGAUUCAGCGGUUGCCCCGGUAUCAACUGCUGCUGACCAGCUUGUUCAAGCAGUUGGUGAAGAAACCGGGCGCAAUCAGUAGGAACACCCAGCUGCACAAGGUUUGCGUGGCGGAGAAGCGGCUCCAGACGCUGAUAGGCAUUAUGAACGAGUCGGUUACGAUCAACGAUAUUCUACAGUGUGAAAAGGCAGAAGACGAUGAAGUCGAACUUGGGUUCGGAGUACCCAAACCGGCCGUCGUGCUCAAGAAUCAGAACCACGAUAAUCAGGUGCUGUUCCUGUAUCCUAAAGACAACGAAAAUGUCGACCACAACAAACCGAUCAACAUUCUUCACCAGGGCAAAUUCCGCAGUGCGUUUCCCGUGUUCAUUCACGAUCUGCGACUGAAGCGACAGUAUCAGGGCCACCUGUUCGUUUUCGAACGUUGUGUGAUCUAUGCCGAACAGCUCGAGCUCAAGUCGCUCAUGUACCGGGGUCACUACACGCAUCAGGAGAUUGAGUUUGACUUUAGCAACCGACAGAUCUUGAAGCUCUCCUCGCGGCGGCACGACCGGUUGGAGAUCGAGGUGAAGAUUAACAUACAGAGCCCGGGCAAAACGCACCUGCCGGACAUCAUGAUGGCGAUCAAGACGAUCAUCGAUCGAAGAGAUCAGCGCGAAAGCUUUGCGAUCGAUCAUAGUACCACCGAUGCGCUGUCGAACGUGCGGGACACAUUUACCUGUCGGAAUUCCAGCUUCCGCAGUAGCAUCUCCAGCACGACCAGCGAUUCCAGCUUCUUCAGCGUGUUCAGCGGCCCUACGCAUGGGGAUAUUCCCGAGGAAGAGGACGCCACCGCUGCGCCUCAACGAACCGGCAGUGUCCUCUCGGAAUGUGGCUCGAUCGAAGCGAUGCUCCACUUUCAACAGCACUUUGAGCGUACGCUCGACGAGUGUACGAAUGUGUACAUCCGCACGCUACCGGACGAUGUCGCCGGUCAGCUGGAGCAGAUGGUGGACAUACUGGACGAGAUGUUGACCCUGCAGCGUGCCAUCAACGAGCGGCUGUUCGAGCAGGAGUACGAACGGCUCAGCUUCGACAGUGAUCUACAAUACUUUUGCAGCGUGUUUCAGGACUGUUUACGGCGCAGUGAGUUCGACGUGUUUCUCCGGUACGUUGAGCAAACGAAGAUGGUCGAAUCGAUGCUGAUGAGCUUCGAGCAGUACUCGAACAGUCAGCCGAAGGGAGGUGCCGCCGGUUCGGGGACACCUCUCUCGAUCGAUGCCUUUCUCUACCUGCCGAUCAAGUACAUCAAUCGGUGUCACCAGUUUUUGAGUGUUGUCUGGCACCAAAAGGAGGAGGAGGACCGAACAGCCAACGCCGGGCUCAAGCAGGCUGAGCUGCAGUAUGUACACGAUCAGAUGGCGCUUAUCCAGCGCCGGGUGAACGAGAACUAUCAAAUCCGUCAGCUGAUCAUGGAUGUGCAGUUUCUCAACGAGAUCGGGCUGGUAAAACACUCCGAGAUCGUGAAGUUGGAAGGAUCGUACGCCCUGUUUCGUUUGCUGCUCACGAAAACAGGCCUGCUGUGCAUGAAGAUCAACGCCGAACAGCACAAAGUCGAAACGUACAGCAGUGUCACGUUCUACUGUCCGUACACGAAGCUAUCGGCGCGGACGAGCAAGCGGAAGGGUAGCGUUUGGUACGUCUAUUUGGACAGUCGGAAAACGACACUGAUCUUUCCUUCGCGGCACCUGCGUUACCUCACGGUCGAACAGUACAACACCCUGUCCACUCAGAUGAAGCAGAAGGAGCGCGAAAAGCGGCGUUCAUUCUUCUACGUGACCUGA